AUGUGUCGUCUAGUUACAAUUUUUAUUCUUAUUGGACUUACAGUCAUCGUCUUUGCUAAUGAUCGAUUAUAUAAGUCUAUGGAACGCAUUGAUUGUUAUCCGGAACGUGAAUCUCCAUUUUCAAAUUUUUCGAAAGAAGCAUGUUUAACACGUAAUUGUCUAUUCGACGAUAAUGCACCCCAAAAUGAGAUUCAAUGUUAUUUAAGAUCGAACUAUGGAUAUAUCUUAGAAUCGGAUGUGCAACAAACAGAUAAUGGUAUUCGUCUACAAUUACGACGAAAUCAAGCCGUUGCUAGUAUGUUUCCUACUCCAAUUGAUAAUGUCAUGCUCGAUGUACAAUAUUAUACAAAUGAUAUACUCAGAUUUAAAUUGUACGAUGCGGAUAAUCAACGAUAUGAGGUACCUAUUCCAUUAACUUCUUCACCCGGUCGAGCAUCAUUGCCUCAAUAUGAAUUCAUUUAUUCAUCGAAUUCUUCACGUGAUAAUAUUUUUUCAUUUCGAAUUCAACGUCGAAUCAUUGGAACGAUAUUAUUCGAUACAUCUCCCGGUGGUCUUGUACUAAAUAAUCAAUUUCUUCAAAUAGUCACACGACUACAAUCACCACAUAUCUACGGAUUUGGUGAGAAUAAUCAUGAUACACUGAAACAUAAUGUUGACGAACAUAAAACAUGGGGUAUUUUCGCUCGUGAUCAAGGUACCAAGUGGGAUACAAAUGCUAAUCAUUAUGGUUCACAUCCAUUUUAUCUCGUUAUGGAACAAAUACCACAUUCAGCACAAGUUCCAUCAGGUAAUAUGCAUGGUGUUCUAUUGCUCAAUUCAAAUGCAAUGGAUUAUUCGUUUUCAUCCAUGCCAUCAUUAACAAUGCGUACAAUUGGUGGUAUUCUUGAUUUUUUUGUAUUUCUCGGUCCAAAACCAGAACAAGUCAUUCAACAAUAUACAUGGCUUGUUGGUCGAUCGAUUCUUCCACCGUAUUGGUCACUUGGUUUUCAACUUGCCCGUUGGAAUUAUUCGAAUUUAACACAUAUGCAAAAUGUUGUCAAACGAAAUCGUGAUGCUGGUAUUCCACUCGAUGUUCAAUAUGCUGAUAUUGAUUAUAUGGAUGAAAAAAAACUUUUCACUAUUGAUCCGAUUAAUUAUCGUGGAUUAAAAGAAUAUUUUGCUCAAUUGAAUACUGAAGGAAUUAGAACAAUUAUUACACUUGAUCCUGGUUCAAUUGAUGAUCAAAUUUAUUAUGCACCAACAAUUGAAGGCAUUCAAGAAGAUGUUUUUAUCAAAUGGAAUGAUGGACAAACACCGGUAAAAGGUUCUUGUUGGCCUGGUGAUGUUUUCUUUCCAGAUUUCUUUACCAAUCAAGCUCAAGUAUGGUGGUCACGCUGGAUCAGUGAUUUUGAACGUGUCAGUCUAAGUUUCGAUGGACUUUGUAUUGAUAUGAAUGAACCAGCCCUAUUUGAUACUAAUAAUGAAAUUCCAUGGAAUUCGAUGCAAACUGGCAGUAAUUACACACUAAAAUGUCCAAAUAACGGAUGGGAUGAUCCUCCUUAUCGAACCAAAGCUGUUUUUCGCUACGAUAUCAAUUUAAAUAGAGCUGGCCGUCUUUCCGAUCAUACGAUGUGUAUGUCAAUUCGACAGGGUGAUAUCGAUUUGAAAACUAACCAAUCCAAAUAUCUUCAUUAUGAUGUACACAGUUUAUAUGGAUGGAGUCAAACAAAGCCAACCUUAGAUAUCAUGCGAACAAUAACUGGUAAACGAAGUUUAGUUUUACCUCGUUCAACUUUUGUCGGUUCGGGUCAAUGGAGUGGCCAUUGGCUUGGAGAUAAUGAAGCAACAUGGCAUGAAAUGAAACGAUCAUUAAUCGGUAUGAUUGAAUUCAAUUGGUUUGGUAUUCCAUUUAAUGGUGCCGACAUUUGUGGAUUUGAUAAAACACCAAGUGAAGAAAUGUGUAUUCGUUGGAUGCAAGUUGGUGCUUUCUAUCCAUAUUCUCGAAAUCAUAAUAUUUGGAAAACACCGGAUCAAGAUCCAGCAUCAUGGUCUUCAUUAGCCGUGUCUAUCAUGGUUUCUGUUCUUCGUAUUCGUUAUACUUUGCUUCCAUAUUAUUAUACACUUUUCUACAAAGCACACACACAAGGUUCGACAGUUAUUCGACCAUUGCUUCAUGAAUAUCCAACAGAUAAAACAACACUCGAUUUAUAUCUUCAAUUUCUUAUUGGAUCUCAUCUUAUGAUUGCACCAGUAACUGAUCAUGGAGCACGACAAGUUCAAGUUUAUAUUCCAUCAUUGUAUUGGUAUAAUUUUUAUACAGGUGUACGCAUCGCUAGUGAACAAAAAUUUAUUUCAAUGGAUGCACCUUUGAAUACGAUUCCAAUUUUAUUAAGAGGUGGAGCUAUUUUACCAACACAAGGAUAUGCAAAUAAUACAAAAUAUUCAAGAGAAAAUCCAUUUGGUCUGAUAAUUGUGCUCGAUUCGAAUGGAAAUGCUGAAGGUGAUCUAUUUUAUGAUGAUGGUGAAUCAAUUGAUACAAUCGGUUCAAAAACCUAUUUCUAUGCAACAUAUAAAUGUUCAAUGAAUGAUCGUCAAUUGUUCAUCAAUAUUAUUGAAAAUAAUUAUGCUCACAUGGCAAAUUUAACAUUGAAUUCAUUAAUGAUCUAUGGAUUAGAUCGAAUACCGGCCGCUAUUAAUGUUGAUGGGAAUGAAUUACGUCCAAUAAUACAACGUCGACAACAAAUUAUCGAAAUUCGUGAAUUACAAUUGACAAUGCAUGAAAAUCAUUUGAUCACAUGGCAAUAUCUAGAUAUACCUGUCGUUGAACCGCGUGAGAUUAUUAUUACUGACCCCAAAUAUCGUAUCGAUUGCUAUCCUGAUUUUGAUGAAUACAAAUUGUUUUGUACGAUCGAUCGAUCACCAAAUCAAACUGUUUUAACAAUAACAAAUCAAUUAUGUGCAGCUCGUGGUUGUACAUGGGAUUCGAAUACGACAACAAAUAUACCAUCGUGCUAUAUUCCAAUAGAGAAAGGUGGCUAUAAUCUAACAAAACCACCAACUCAACUCUCGGAUGCCAUAACAAUUUAUACACUGAGUCGUCUGUCGACCAAACCUAUUCAAGUUCGAUCACUAAAAUCUGCUGAACUAAUUUAUAAAUAUUCAUUGACAAAUCGUGUUAUGGAGACUCGAAUGAAUGAAUUUUCCAUGUUCGGUGGCGAUAUUAAUGAUUUACAAGUUCCAGUCAGCCUGUCAGGUUCUGAUAAGAUCCGUAUGACAAUACGAGAUGCACAUGCACAACGAUAUGAAGUUCCGAUUCCAAUUAUUUGGAAACCAUCGGCUCCACUCACAUCGUCUUUAUCUAAAAUCAAAUUCGAAAUAACCAAAACUCCCUAUGGACAAGUCGGAUUUCAAGUUCAACGUACAAAUACACAAUUGAUUCUAUUCGAUACAUCAUUCUUUGCCAAUGGCUUCAUCUAUGAUGAUAAAUUUAUUCAAAUAAUAACAACAAUUCCAUCAAGAAAUAUCUAUGGUUUUGGCGAAAAUACUCAUUUAAACUUCCGACAUAUUCUGACAGGAUCAUUUCGUUAUAGUAUGUUUGCCCGUGAUCAACCACCAGGAGGAGGAAAUGAAAAUUUGUAUGGUGCUCAUCCAUUCUAUAUGGUUAUCG